ACAAGAACGGCCAUUCAUUGAGCUCUCCUGGUCUCUGGAGCAAUGAAUACUUUCUGCCGAGGUGGGCUGGGGCAGACCGAAAGGGACGGCGUGUGCGGGCAGGAGCAGCGCGGCCUCGCCGGCUGGAGCGAGCUGAACGGUCAGAGCGGGAGGGUUCAGCUGCUCUUGUGCGGAGCACGAAAUGGGGACGGAGAAAGGAGCAGGGCCUGGGAUACGUGCACACGUGAGGCAGAGCUCUUGCAGGACGCGCCUGGAGACACAGGGCCCGGGCUCCGAGCCAUGCAGAGACACUGAACCCAGAGGAUGAAAGUACACGGGACCUUGCCUGACUCACUGAGGCUCUUCCCUCUCCAGGGGUUUGCUAAAGGAAGGAGAGACCGGUGCCCUCACGUGGCCUCCCCGCUCCUGCCUCUCCGCUCCUUGAAAUCGCCAUUCAAAAGCCUUGAAACUUGCCCGCCUCUGAAAACCUGAGCUGGUAAAACAGGACCCCGUCCCAGGCGGAGACGGAGCGUCCCCAUGCAGCAAGGCCGGCCGGGACCCCAAGGCACAGAUAAAAACGUGGCCCGGUUUCAUGGAAGCGUUUGGUUUCCGUGGCUCGGUGACGUCUCCACUGGACUCCCUGUGCUCCAAAUGCUUUUGUUGCGUUUCAAAGCCGUCUCGAGCUGGGAAGCUGGAGCACGAACACAGGCGGGUUGGAAGGAAAGACCGUGACAGCUCAGAAAGGGCCGACUGGUUCCUCCUGGACAGCCGGACCGUUCGCCACGUGGCCGUCGGCUUGUUCUGCUGUGGAGUCUCCAUCUACUUAACAGCUCUCGCCAUCUACAUGCUGCUGCUCUUUGAGAUGGAGACGGGCAUCACCGGCGCCUGCAUCCUGUCCUCGGGCAUCCUCGUCCUGCUCAUCACGGUGACGCACGCCCUGGUCCGGGCCAAGCAGGUGGCGCGGCGUGGCCGGACCCAGCUUUCCCACACCCUGUACGAGAACGACUCUGCCCAGCACGGCGAGGCUCCUGCCCGCCACCUCAACAACAGCAAGAAUGUGGCCGUGCCCCGGCCCCGGCCGGAGAUCCACCGGGAGUUUUCCUACCCACCGUUCCUGGAGCGGAAGGCGCCCCUUGCCUCGCCAGCCAGCAGCACCGUCAGCUCGGCAGGGAGCCCCGGGGCCCUGCCCGAAAGGAGCCGCAAGCCGCCCACGACC